AUGUUGCAGCUCGGGAAGCUGCUGGUCUCCGGGGACUGUCACUACCCACCAACGAGGGAGCCUGGCGGAGGGGCUGCCCAGUUGGAACCUGGCAGCUGCCAGAUUCUCCUGCUUCCCCCUUCCCUUGUGGGCACUGACCGAGAUUUUGGGGUUUUCCCCCCCAUUUCCCCACGUGCUCUUCUUCCAGACGCUGCUGGGGCACAGGAAAGCUGUACCGGUGAGUGGUCCCCCCUCCCUGCCCUUGCCCCCAGUGCCCGCCCAGUGCCACGGCACCCAGUGGUCACCCUGCUCCCCUCCUGCCCAGCCCUGAGGCGGGGUGACAGGCACCACUGGUGCUGUGACAUGAUGGUGGAGUCAGAGGAGCAAGGCAACGGGACCCUCAGCCUCGACUUGCCCCGGCGCUGCCCGGAGCUGGGGCAAUCCGGCAGCCCCGCUUGCGCCUGCCUGCGGGAGCGCUGGCUCAGGCUGGUGCAGGCGGUGGGGCCGGCACUGCGCAGCGGGCUGGCCGGGCUGAAGGUGCUGCUCCUGAAUGUCAGCAGGGCUGUCACCCGUGAUGUCCUCAUCAGCUUUUCCCCCACAGAGGGCCCCAGGGUGUCGAACAUGACUGAGCAUGGGAAGGCAGGCAAAAUCCAGCUCCCCAUGGAGAUAUUCUGGUCCCUGAGCAGCCAGACAGUGCACGUGGUGCGCAGCUCAGGCAGCAUUGCCCCCACGCAGGAGGUCAAUCAGACAGGGCAGGUCCUGGACCACACUGUGGUGGGCAUCACUGUGGGAGAAACAAGCAUCUUUGGGCUGCAGGACCCUGUGCAGCUCACCUUCGCCCAUGAGGAGCUGCCCCACGCUGUCACCCCGCAAUGUGUCUUCUGGGAUCUCAGCAAAGGGCAGGCAGGAGGCUGGAGCGGCAGCGGAUGUGUCACGCAGCCCGGGGACAAGCGGACAGUCUGUUCCUGUGACCAUCUCACCUUCUUCACGCUCCUCCUGAACCCAGCUCUGGACGCGUCCACGGCACGAGCCUUGAUGGCUGUUGCCAUGGCUGGCUGUGCGGUAGCCGUGGCUUUCUCCAUCAUCACCAUCGCCUUCUGCAUCUUCUUAAGGUGCAGGUUCAGGUCCGAGGAGACCCUCCGCAUCAACCUGGGGCUGCACAUGAACCUUGUGGGCAGCCUGCUGCUCCUCAACCUGGCCUUCCUGCUCAACAGUGGGCUCCCCAGUGGGACCCAGCCCGGGACCUGCAAGGCCCUGGCAGGGCUCACCCACUACUGCCUGCUCUGCUGCUUCACCUGGAUGGCACUGGAGGGCUGUCACCUCUACCUCCUCUUUGUCAAGGUCCUCGGCACCUACAUCCAUCACUACCUGGCAAAGCUGUGCCUGGUCGGCUGGGGUUUCCCCGCUCUCGUGGUGGUGGUGGCAGGAGUCAUUGGCAGCUAUGGAGAAUACAGCAUCCAGACCACGGACCACCAGGUCAUAGCCCACCUGUGCUGGAUCACUUCCAAACAUCUCCUGGUCCACUAUAUCACCAACUGCGGCUACUUCGGCCUCAUCUUCCUCUUCAACAUGGCUGUCUUUGGGGUGGUGACCCAGAAGAGCUGCUGCCUGAAGGGCACGGGGGCGAUGCAGAGGGACCGCAAGGCCUGGAAGGUGGCCCUGGUGGCAGUGGGGCUCUUCUGCCUGCUGGGAGCCACCUGGGCCCUGGCGUUCCUCACCCAUGGCACCUCCUCGGCAUCCAUGCUCUACCUCUUCACCAUCCUCAACUCUCUUCAAGGAAUCUUCAUAUUCAUCUGGCUGGUCAUUCUCUACUACCCGAAGACGAAGGAGACCACUGGCUCCCUCUCCCACAUCAUCAGACACGACAAAACCACCACAGUCUCCCAGGACUAG